AAUUCAAUCAUUUUAGCAUUAUUAUUUACUCGGGUGUAAAAGCGUACAAGAACCUGAAAAUAAAUCUGAGAUUUUGAGUCACUUUAAUUUAAAACACAAGUUUAAUACUGCUAUUUGUCGAUGAUGAUGAUGAUGAUGAUGAUGAGCACCAAAAAAGGAGGAAGUGAUCACUACAAAAAUCAAACAUCGUUCUUUAAACCCGCCGUUCCGCCAUGCUGAUUAAAAACAACAAAAACGUUGAUGUGUGUUUAGGGAGAAGCCAGUGUGUCCACGUCUCACACCCCUUGCAGUGUUUUCCGGGAUGGUUAGUGUAGCCUGCUCCGGCUACGCUCUGUGUGUGUGUGUGUGUGUGUGUGUGUGUGUGUGUGUGUGUGUGUGUGUGUUUUCAGUGUUCAGUGUUCGGGCAUCCCCCCAUGGUCAAGGACGAGGAUGUGCUGGUGUAGUGGGAGAGGAAGUGGAUGAGGGGUCCGGGUGAAACAUCCAGUCCCGACACGGUUGAAAGAGUGUCAUAACUGCGUGCCUUGGCUUUUGAAUUUUGGUUUUUAUUCCAUUUUUAUUUAUUUAUUUAUUUGUCCGCGUUUCACACGCGAAGUUGACGCAGUGAGUUCAGCCGUGGCUCAGGACGCUGGGACACUGCGGCUGGAGUGUGGGACCACCCCGGGAUUUCAGCGCAGGCCUCUGAAUGAAGUGAGCUCAGAUGGACCGCAUGAAGAUCAUUAAGCGACGCUUGUCUAUGAGCCUGCGCAGUGCCCGGCCUGUGGACGAAAACCUGUCAGAGCUUGCAGAACACGGAGCAGCUGAUGAGCCACCUACGUCACGGGAAAAUGAGUCCAUGGUUUGCCCCGUGCCCCCUCCCGCAUCCCAAAGUGCCCCUUCGUUCUUGCGCCACUAUGCAGGGGGCUUGGGGCGCGGCGCGAUGCGUAGAGAUGGCCUGGACCGACCCUACCUUUCUCUUCACCGGACUGGCUCUCUUGGCAUAGUGCAUGAAAAUGUGAAAAUGGGGUCUGAUGGAGAGAGUGAUCAGGCAUCAGGGACUUCAUCCGAUGAGGUACAGAGUCCUGUCCGAGUGCGAAUGCGUAACAACCACUCACGGCGUAUCUGCAAUGAGGACAUUAAUAAGCGUCUAUCACUGCCGGUGGAUAUCCGUUUGCCGGAGGGGUAUCUAGAAAAAUUUGCUAUGAACAGUCCUCCUUUUGACAAACCCUUGAGUCGGAGGCUACGGCGAGCUUCAUUGUCUGAAAUUGGCUUUGGGAAACUGGAGACAUACAUCAAAUUGGACAAACUCGGAGAAGGAACCUACGCAACAGUGUACAAGGGCCGCAGUAAACUGACUGAUAAUCUGGUGGCUCUGAAGGAGAUUCGACUGGAGCAUGAAGAAGGUGCACCAUGCACAGCUAUUCGUGAAGUAUCCCUCCUGAAGGAUUUAAAACAUGCAAACAUCGUCACUCUUCAUGACAUCAUCCACACAGACAAGUGCCUAACGCUGGUUUUUGAGUACCUGGAGAGGGAUCUAAAGCAGUACAUGGAUGACUGUGGGAGCAUCAUGUGCGUUCAUAAUGUCAAAAUCUUCCUCUUUCAGCUGUUGCGAGGACUAGCAUAUUGCCAUCGCCGCAAGGUUCUACACAGGGACUUGAAACCUCAGAAUCUGCUUAUUAAUGACAGGGGAGAGCUCAAACUUGCUGAUUUCGGUUUGGCUCGAGCCAAGUCUGUCCCUACUAAGACAUAUUCUAAUGAGGUGGUCACACUCUGGUACAGACCCCCGGAUGUGUUACUAGGAUCAACUGAGUACUCCACUCCUAUUGACAUGUGGGGGGUUGGCUGUAUAUUCUAUGAGAUGAUUACAGGACGGCCUCUGUUCCCCGGGUCUACAGUAGAAGAUGAACUUCAUCUUAUAUUUCGCAUCCUUGGCACUCCUACAGAGGAGUCUUGGCCAGGGGUCAGUACCAGUGAAGAGUUCAGGAACUAUAACUUCCCUCGAUAUCGCCCUGAACCUCUUGUCAAUCAUGCACCCAGGAUAGACAGUGAUGGCGAUGACUUAAUUAUGCAGUUGUUAAAGUUUGAGGCAAGGCAGCGUAUCUCAGCAGAAGAAGCUCUAAGGCAUCCCUAUUUCAAGUGUUUGGGGGAGCAAGUACAGCAUCUGCCUGACACGGCCUCUAUAUUCUCGGUGAAGGAGAUCCAGCUUCAGAAGGACCCUGGAAAACGUACAAUAACAUACUCUGAGUCAGCAAUGCCCCAUAAGAUGGGUCCCAUGCGUUUGGAAUAUUUGCAGAGAGAAGGAGUAAAGUUGAACCCAGCUCCCUCUUCCCCCUCUACUGGCUGACUCGUUAUACCACUCUGCCCAGGGGAAGUCCCGUCGACAGAGUGUAUUGUUCUAGAAACGGGCCCUAACAGAUGACAUGACACCUAUUGCACAGAAUACUUUACCCACCACAACACAGGAGGAAAAGUCUGAAAACUUGCACCACAUGGAGGAGGGAAAAGUCUUACAAACACUUGAUUUGAGGAAGUCUUUACUACACAGUCAAGAAACAGGAUUGCACUUCAGUACAAACGAAUAGCUUCACUCAUAACACACACAACUUGUGAAGGGAUGUGAGAAUCAUCUGCAGCUGCUCAUAAGGAUGCAUACAUUUAUUCCUAUAAUCGAAUAAAUGAAGAGGAGACAAAUCGAGAACUCUUGCAUCACACAGAUGGGAUAGUAAUAUACUUUAAUCCAGGUCAUGCUGCGUAGCCCUUUUUUGUUUCUAUAAAACUUAGCAGUAUACCUCAUUCCUCUCCAUGCAUCCAACAUUCAUUUACCUAUGUGGUUGUCCAUGUUAAUGUGUAUAUCGGCAUGCUGGGAAGAUUAGUCAGGAGUCUCUUGUGCUUAUAGUUGCAUUAUGUUUAAAUAUUGCCUUUUAAUAUUUUCAGUAAAAAAAAACUCUCCACCCAUACAUGACAUACAUACUGCUGUGUUGGUACGAACUGUGAUUUCAACUAACCCCAGCACCUUACACUAUUUAAGCUCAGGCUGUCUUCUGUAAAUUCAUAACUAACUAAUGACCUUGGAGAACUGGAAGCUGAAAGAAGACGUGGCACUGAAUUUCCACAGUGCUUGAUCAGCAAUGCUGUCUUUAUAGUGUGCACUACAUGACAAUUUUGAACACUUCUGAGCCUGUUUUGGAUGCUGUCAAAACAGAAAGGGGUAUUAUAAGACUGAAGAGUAUUAUGCUACUUUGAUGUGCUCACUAGGUGGAGUACUCAUUGCUUAUUAACUAUUUGAUUUUUUCCUCAAACCUCAUGCUCUCUGAGCAUUCAUUGUUUAUUAUACUGUGCCCUCCAUUAUUAUUCGUACCAUUUGUGGAAAUGAGCAAAAAUGACUAUAUAAAAGGAAUACUGCAUGCAAUAACACGAUGUUUUGAGCUCAAACCUACAGCGAUAAUUUGUAGUUUGUUUGUUUUGUUUUUUUUUGAUGUUUUAAAUGUUUUUCUGUUUUUUUUCUAGCAUUCAGUGUUUUAAGUAGGGCACAUUUUCUAUAAAAUGCUGCUUUCAGAAUGAUCAGCAUCCAUCAAGUUAAUAGUUUGUGACUUAUAACGGUCUCUUCCUUUAAUAUCUACUAAAGUUGCAAACACUUGAGAGGGUUUUGGUUCACUCAGUCCAGUUUAUCAGUCCACAGGUUUUUUAGUGGAAUUGUUUUUCAGUAAUCAUUCCUGUGUUGAUUUAGAAAGUCUGAAUGUCCUGGCAAAAUCAGCAAGGGAUGUGCAGACUGCAAAUUCAGAGGAUUUUAAACAGAUAUGGGACAAGAUGUGUUGUGUGACAUCAUCACAACACUCAAUCAACCAAAGUCUUUGAUUCACAUGUGUUAAACAUGAGUAUAGCUAUCAAAGAAAGUAAUUACAUACGCAUAUUCACUGGUCGGAUUUUAAAAGAAUAAGCUUGCUUGCAGUUUUGCCAAUUCAGGUAGAUUUCUGCAAAAAAGAAAGUUACAAAAAUACAAGUUGCAAUUUUGAAAAAAUGCUUUAGCAAAUCAAGCACUUUUGACCUCAACAAUCAGAAAAAAAAAAACAGACAACCCCAGUGAAAUCCUGGAGGGACUGCGACUGCACCUGCACAAGAGCCCCAAAUCAAUGAUCCGCAACUUUUUUGAGUCACAUGCUCAGAUAGUGUAUAAAUGCAUGUUGGCAUAUAUGCUGAUUGUAUGAAUGAACAAAACAUUUGAUUUUGAUCUCAUCUGACCAUGACACACAAUGCCACUUGUAGUUCUAAUAACAUUGGUGAAGUUCAGACAAUCAUUUUGUGUUUUGGAAAGGGCUUUUUUUGUUGCAAACCUUCCAAAGACCUUGUUAUGAAAGCAGUGUUUCGGAUUUGACAAUCAAAAAUGUAAUUGUAAAAUUGAUAUUUGACCUUAUAUUAUAUAUAUAUAUAUAU